UAAGCAUCCCUUUCUAUCUAUUUCCUCUUUGUUUUUGUGGCGCUGCGGCAGUGGCUGCUCUCACUUCCGCAGAGGGUAAUGAAUACAUCUAUUUCUGACCGAGGCAUCCUGUGUUGAUUUCCUAAUUUCCAAGCUGUUUAAAAUGGCGAAAAAGAAGAACCCUGUUGUCUUUUUGGAUGUUGCUAUUGGAGAUGGGCCAGUUGGAAGGAUGGUCUUUGAGCUUUUCCAUGAUAUAGUUCCCAAGACAGCAGAGAAUUUUCGGGCCCUGUGUACAGGUGAAAGGGGGACUGGACAGACAACUGGGCGGCCUUUGUACUACAAAGGGUCAAUCUUUCACCGUAUUAUCAGAGGAUUUAUGGCACAAGGUGGCGACUUCUCUAAACGUGAUGGUACAGGUGGUGAGAGUAUAUAUGGUGGAAAGUUUGCAGAUGAGAACUUUGAGCUAUGUCAUGAUGGUCGUGGCCUUCUCUCUAUGGCUAAUGCUGGCCGUGAUACUAAUGGCUCCCAAUUCUUCAUCACCUUCAAGGCUACUCCCCAUCUUGAUGGGAAACAUGUUGUUUUCGGUAAGCUCAUCACAGGAGAUGAAACUCUAAGGAAGAUCGAGCGUGUUGAUGUUGAUAAUGCUCGUCCCACUGUUCCAGUGAAGAUUGUCAACUGUGGUGAACUUAAUGAUCAUGGGAAAAUGGUACAAGAGAAUGAUAAGAGAAAUGCAGAAUUGAAACUGGUGAAGAAUCUCUCUUCUGAUCUUGCUAUUCAGGAAGAUAAGAAGCUUUCCUUGAGAUCAAAAUCUGGAAGAGAUGUGUCUCCUGAUAUUGAAAGCCCUACACAUCGCCGCAAGGGGCGACACAAGAAAUCAUCCAAAGGAAGAAGAAAGAAAAAGAGAAGAAGAUAUUAUUCGUCUGAUUCUGAUAGCUCAUCUGACACAGAAACUGAAUCUUCAGACUCUGAUAGUGAUUCUGAUUCUUACUCAUCUUCAUCAUCGGAUGUUAGUAGUUCAAGUGAUGAUAGGCGGAGGAAGAGGAAGAAAUAUCACAAGCGAGACAAAUACAAGCGAGGAAAAAAGAGAAGGGAUAGGAAGAAGGAGAAAAGACGGAGAAGGCGGGAGAAGAAGUCAAGACAUAAGUCUAGAAGGAUGCUGGAAAGUGAGACUGAUACUGACACAACAAGUGAAAGUAGCUCUGAAGAUGAAAAAGACAACAAUCAUGGGAGGGGUCGAAAACGCAAGAACUCUUCACAGGUUUCUGUUGAAAGUCAGCCUCCUUUGUCAUUGGAGAAAGAAACGGCUGUAGAUCUGCAAAAGAAAGUAGAUACACAUGAGAAGCUUAUGGAAGAGGGGGCAGAUUCCCCCUUGGAAAAUGGUGAGCUACGCAUAAAUGGUUCUACUGUUGAAGCUAAGCCUGAUAGAAAUGUGGGAAGGCAGCCAACUGCUGAUGGCAACUCGAGCAAAUCUAGGAGCCAAAGCGUGAGUCCUAAACAGUCAAUGAGCAAGAGUAUGAGCAUAAGUUCCAGAAGUCGAAGCAAAAGUCCAAGCAUAAGCCCCAAAAGAUCAUUGAGCCGGAGUCCUCCACAUGCUUCUAGUAGAAGCCCACGUGUUUCUAAAAGAGGUACCGUUAAUCGAAGUUCAGUUGGGAAGAGCAUUAGUAGAAGCCCGAUUGCUCCACGCCGGGGAAGUCCAAGCAGAAGCCCAGUAAAGAGUCGAGAGAGAAGGAGCAUCGGCAGAAGCUCAGGGAGUUCCACUCCACGAAGAAUACCCAGUGAGAGUCCUGUGAGGGUUCCUUCACAAAAAAGUCCAAGCAUGAGCCCUCGAAGACGAAGCCGUAGUGGAAGUCCGGCAAGAUCCCCUCCAAAAAGCGUGAGUCCAAGCCCUACAGGGUCCCUCAGGCAAAGAAGUAAUAGAAGUUCUGGAAGGAGUGGACGAAAAAGCCUUAGCAGGAGCCCUGUAAGGUCAAAUAGGCGAAGUAUUAGCCCUAGCCCAGGAAGGACCAGGUCUCAAAGAAGCAUCAGUAGAAGUCCACCUAAUCAUGCAAGGAGUGUGUCUAGAAGUGCUUCUCCUGAUGAGUCACCAAAGCGUAUCAGAAGAGGACGCGGAUUUAGUCAGCGGUAUUCCUAUGCAAGAAAAUACAGAACACCUACACCAGAUCGUUCUCCUGUUAGAUCUCGUUAUGGUGGUAGACCUGACCGUGAAAGGUACACGGGUUACAGAGGCUACCGUGACCAUUCACCCCCGCACCGUUAUAGGAGUCCUAUCAGACGCAGAAGUCCCCCCAGAUAUCGGAGCAGAAGAAGCCGGAGUAUAUCUCGCAGUCCCAUCAAUUACCGCCGCAGGGGCAGAGGGAGUUACAGCCGAAGCCCUGUCCGCAGUCGCACUCCUGACAGGUACAGAUCUCGUGGCAGCUUACGAGACGGAGGACGCGUGGAAAAGCGCAGGUCCAUGACCAAAAGCAGGAGCCCAUCACGAUCUCCAUCCAGAUCUAGGUCCAAGUCCUCCCAUAGGUCAAGGUCAUCAUCCCCGGAUAUUAGAUCUCCCAAUAGAGCCGCAAGCAAGGACAAAUCAAGGUCACCUUCAACCAGUUCUGGUGGGAAGAAGGGCUUGGUUUCAUAUGGAGAUGGAACUCCUGAUUCUGCUGGCGAGAAGUAGUUGAGAAACUGAUUUUAUGUUUUGAGAUAUUAUCAUUAUCUUUCUUUUGCCCUCCAUGCGCAGUAGCAUUAUGAGGAAACAGUAUCUUUCUUAGCAGCAUUUUUAUGGAUGUUUUAAUGGUUGGUUUUGUAUGGUAAUUGCCCAUGUGGGUUUACAUUAGAUAUUUCUUAGAUCGUGGAUGUUAAAAUAUUUUGAGAAUGCUAAUAAUGACAUAACUAUGUAAGAUCUAAAUUUAACAGCUGCCUAGGAUUUUUUUGUGUUUUUA